UAUAAGAAACGUCCGCGACUUGAACAUGGCCCCGUCGCCCCUUGCCCCGAACGGUCGCGGUCCCGCCCUUCCCCCUUCCUUAUUUUAGGCCCUCUUUAGUCUCAGCCGCGCCAGUCGCGCGCUCUAGUCUUCAAAACCCACCAAGGUCGCUGCGUCUGGACGUCCGCCAUGCCUUCCGUCAACCGUCUCCUCCGCCUCGCCCUACAGGCCGCCUGUCUCGCCGCUCUGACCGGCGUCACGAUUCGUUCUCCCUCUGCUGUCGCGUCUCCGUUGCCUAUGCCUCUCUGGAAGUCGCGCACCACAGAUCUGGUUCAACGCUCUAGCCUCGCGACUCGCAUCUACGACGACCUCUCCUACGUUGGCAACGACACUCGCUCUGGCGUCGCGAAGCACGUCAUCGCUGAUUACGAUGCUAUGCCUUCUACGUCGUCUCCUCAGAAGCGGCAAGGCGACGCGAACCUCAUGAGCAACUUCGGGCUUAUGAACACCUACUCGACCAGGAUGACGCAGAACGCACAGACGAUCAACAGCCUAGCCAGUCAGCCUGAGGCCCAGCGGAGCGCGAACUUCAACCAGGAAUAUGCAUCUGCUGUCUCAGAGUUCCACGAGAACUUCCUCGGCUUUCAGACCGUUCUUGGCGAGCUCGCUGCCGACAAGGGACUUGCGAACUACAAUCAGGCUAGCGAGAUGGAGACGAUGCUCAAGAACAUGGUCAACGCUGCCAAGUAUGCACUCAAUGACACGUACAAUAUGGUCAAUGGUAUCCCAGGCCUAGGCCCCGUCCUUGGCCCAGUCGUCUAUCAGAUCAAGUGUCUUAUCGACGAGAUUCUUGAUGCCACAGAGAACAUGACAGACGCGUUGUUGAACGACAUGGAGAACAUCCUCCCCCUUCUCAAGGCCCUCGACGGACAAGCCGCACAAACAGCAUGUGCAGCUGGAAUCGAGAUCGCGAACAUCUGUAUACCACUCUAACUGGAUGGCUCGACGGACGACUUCCCUGUAGCGACCCUUGAUGUCAUCACAUUACUACGCAUAAUCCAGGCUGGAUCCUCUUGUAAAUCGAGUCCUAACGUCUCGCAUCGUUGUGUAUCAUCAUUCUUUGCCAUCGUGUCGCAUGCAUCGCUACCAAUCUAUCUCACAUGAUCAAGAUGUCAA